AUGGGCUCUUUUCUGACUAAUACGCAGAGUGUCACAAAUAAACCCUGGAUUGGAUACGCUCCCGAAUUUGAAAGUAUAUGCAAUGCUUGCAAUGGAAUUAUUAGAAGACUCGAAAUUAUCAUAAUUUCUCCAAGAGAAUUCUUUCACCUCAGUUGCUUUUCGUAUAAAUCAAAUAAUGUAUUGCAAAUCAGUGAUUUUGAUAUUUAUCUUAAUAAUUGAGAUUUACAACUUUUAGAAAAUUAUUUAUUUCCAAGAAAUUUAGGCAAUUUGCCAAUUAAACGCCCUCAUGAUAUUGACUACGAUAUCAAAAAAAAGUUUACUUCAGGAGUUUUCAGAUUAAAGCGAGCCUGAAUAGAAAUUUUUAAAUUUCUACAUCCAACUGACGAAGUUUUAAAAUUGGCUAUCAUUUCUAAAGCCAUUUAUGAUUCUGCAAAUAGUGAAGAAUUAUGGUACCAUUUUUAUUUGGUCGAAUAUGGAAAUACUAAACUAACGAAAUCAAGCUGAAUUAAAAAAUACCAAGAAACUUGAAAAAGAACAUGCUUUGGAUGCAAGACCCUUAAAACCAUAAAAUCUGAGCUUAUAUGGUGCAAGUACAUUAAAAAGCCAUUGUGUCUCAAUUGCAUUAAAUUUAAUUCGGAUUUUAAAAGAAUACUUGUAAGUGAAAUAGAAGAGAAAUACUUUGUUAAUCCGAGAAUUAUCGAUUUUAAUUUUUGGGUCAGCGAUGAUGGGCUCAGGUUUACUUAUCAUUAUGAAUUGGCAAAAGGGAUCACUAAAUGAAGACAAAAUAACAAAGAGAAUUUACUCCAAAAAUUCAAGGAUAUAAACUAUUUUGCAGAUCUUAAAGAAUUAGUUGACUCAUUGAAUUUGACAAAUAUGACAAAUAUAGUUCGUUAUCCUUCAAGAUUAAAAUCCAAUAGAUUUAUUCCUAUAAUACCAAAUAUUUAUUUCUAUAUUAGAAAUCAAGAUGAAACACUGACUUCAAUUGAAAAUUAUAUGAAACUUAUAUAA